CGACGACGACGACCAUGGACUGGAGUAGUGUCCUUUUCUUUUCGGUGUUGCAAACUUUUACCAUUUAGUUUCCACACGGACAAAACGGAGUGAGGUGGGGAGGAGCUGCUCUGAGCAGUAAUGGGGGAGAUAGAGGGUUCAUACCGGGUCCUGCAGACCCCUGGCACAAGGCUGGGAGCCCAGUUCAAUGCUGGUAUCAGCACGUUGGAGCCGGGCCAGAGCCUCAGUGGCAACAUGGUCAGCGGGAGCAAAAGCCAUGGGCGAGGACUACAAAUCCGUGUGCAAGGGUUGGACGACUCCCAGGAGUUCUUUGACAUAGACCCAAAAGCUCUUGGACAGGCUCUCCUCUCUGAGGUUUUCCACAGAGGCAACCUCAUAGAGAGUGAUUACUUUGGCCUCGAGUUUCAGAACAUGCAGAUGAACUGGGUUUGGCUGGAACCCACAAAACCUGUUGUGAGACAAGUCAGAAGACCACCAAAUACCUUAUUUAGACUGUCAGUGAAAUUCUUCCCCCCAGACCCGGGUCAGCUGCAGGAGGAGUACACGAGGUACUUAUUCUCCCUGCAGAUGAAGAGAGAUCUGAUGGAGAGCAGGUUGAUCUGCACGGAAAAUACCGGAGCCCUGCUGGCCUCUCACCUUGUCCAGUCGGAGAUCGGCGACUACGACGACGUAGCGGACAGGGACUACCUGAGGGUGAACAAGCUGUUGCCUUAUCAAGACAAGGUGCAAGAGAGGAUCAUGGAGCUCCACUGCAGGCACCUGGGUCAGACUCCAGCUGAGUCGGAUUUCCAAAUCCUGGAGAUUGCCCGCAAACUGGAGAUGUACGGCGUCCGCUUCCACCCGGCGGCCGACCGGGAAGGCACCAAGAUCAAUCUGGCUGUAGCUCAUAUGGGCCUUCAGGUUUUUCAGGGCACCACAAAAAUAAAUACCUUCAACUGGUCCAAGAUUCGCAAACUGAGCUUCAAAAGAAAACGGUUCCUGAUCAAGCUCCACCCAGAGGUUCAUGGGCCCCAUCAGGACACUCUGGAGUUUAUGAUGGCCAGUCGAGACCAGUGUAAAAUCUUUUGGAAGAUCUGUGUGGAAUAUCACUCAUUUUUCCGUUUGUUUGACCAACCCCUCCCCAAGUCCAAAGCUAUCCUCUUCACUAGAGGCUCGUCCUUCAGAUACAGUGGAAGGACCCAGAAGCAACUUGUGGAGUACGUCAGGGAAAACGGUGCAAAGAGAACGCCAUACCAGAGGAGGAACAGUAAAAUACGAAUGUCUGCUCGCUCCCUAGCAACAGAUGUGCCAAAACAGAGCUUGUCAUUCAAUGACAGUCUCAGGGCCCCAGGCUCCCCUUCUUCCGCUACAGUGUCCUUCCACCCGGCGCACAUCUCUAGUGUCCUCCCACGAACAGAGCUCCAACCUCAGCCCCAGCCUUUGACCGCACUGAGCCACUCUCCAGCGCCUCCCCAGCAGCAUCAGCAGCAGCAGCAGCAGCAGCAGCUUCAGUCCCCUCUUCAAGCUACCAGACCCCCCAGCCCACCGACGGAAGAACCUCUCAAGGCCGCUUCCCCAUCCCACUUCGCUUUUCAAGAUUCAGUGGUGGACAGCCCUCAGCUCUCACCCUUCAACACCAAAGGGCCCCUCUGCCUGUCGCCCUCCUUCCAGAUGUCGACCCUCAGCCUGCCGGGCCAGGCGCCGUCUCCCCUGCAAAGCCCCAUCCUGAGCGAGGUGGGCAGCAAUGCCAGGCUAGAGGAGGAGGAGGAGGGCAGGAGGAAGAGAUAUCCGACCGACAAGGCCUACUUCAUUGCCAAAGAGAUUCUGACCACAGAGCGAACGUACCUGAAAGACCUGGAGGUCAUCACUGUGUGGUUCCGCAGCGCCGUGAUCAAAGAAAACGCCAUGCCCGAGGGCCUGAUGACCCUCCUCUUCUCCAACAUCGACCCCAUCUACGAGUUCCACCGAGGCUUCCUCAAGGAGUUGGACCAGAGGCUGGCUCUCUGGGAGGGACGCUCCAAUGCUCACGUCAAAGGCGACUACCAGAGGAUUGGCGAUGUGAUGCUGAGGAACAUGUGCGCUCUGAAGGAGUUCACCAGCUACCUGCAGAAGCACGACGAGGUUCUGACGGAGUUGGAGAAAGCCACCAAGAGGCUGAAGAAGCUGGAGACGGUCUACAAAGAGUUUGAGCUGCAGAAGGUCUGCUACCUGCCGCUCAACACGUUCCUGCUCAAACCCAUCCAGCGCCUCAUGCACUACAAACUCAUCCUGGAGAGACUAUGCAAGCAUUACUCCCCUGCGCACCGUGACCACGACGACUGUAAGGAGGCUCUGAAGGAAGUGGCGGAGAUAGCCACUCAGCUGCAGAGCAGUCUGAUCCGGCUGGAGAAUUUCCAGAAGCUGACAGAGCUGCAGAGAGACCUGAUCGGUAUAGAGAACUUGACAGCACCAGGCAGGGAGUUCAUACGAGAGGGCUGUCUGUACAAACUCACCAAGAAGGGGCUGCAGCAAAGGAUGUUUUUCCUGUUCUCAGACAUGCUCCUCUACACAAGUAAAGGUGUGACGGCAACCAAUCAGUUCAAAGUGCACGGCCAGCUGCCACUUCACGGCAUGAUAGUGGAGGAAAGUGAAAACGAGUGGUCAGUCCCUCACUGCUUCACCAUCUACUCUGCUCAGAGAACCAUCGUGGUGGCUGCCAGCUCUAAGGUGGAGAUGGGGAAGUGGAUUGAGGAUCUCAACCUGGCUAUCGACAUGGCCAAGAAGUCUCAAGAAAAAUCCAGCAUCUUCCUCGAUGCUGGACUCAGCGACCGCUCCAACCGAUCGUCUGACGAGGUUUCUCUGGAGCAGGAGUCGGAGGAUGACAUGAACUCCUCCCGGACGUCACUGGACAAGCAGACGCACCACCGUGCCAACACAACCAUGCAUGUGUGCUGGCACCGCAACACCAGUGUGUCUAUGUCCGAUCACAGCCUGGCUGUGGAGAACCAGCUCUCAGGUUACCUCCUGAGGAAGUUCAAGAACAGCAACGGCUGGCAGAAACUCUGGGUCGUUUUCACCAACUUCUGCUUGUUCUUCUACAAGACUCACCAGGACGACUUCCCGCUGGCCAGUCUCCCCCUGCUCGGCUACACAGUCAGCACCCCCGAGGAGUCUGACAGCAUUCACAAGGAGUACGUCUUCAAACUGCAGUUCAAGUCCCACGUUUACUUUUUCCGGGCAGAGAGCGAGUACACCUUCGAAAGAUGGAUGGAGGUGAUCAAGAGUGCAGCCAGCACCACGGGCCGGAUGAGCCUGCUCAUACCUAAAGGAGGUCCUAUGGAGAUGAACGGAAAGUAAAUCAAACAUCGUGUGUCUGGAGGCUGGGCCUCUGGGACAGCAGAUAAACUCAAGUCGGUCUCUUCAGGCUCGGAGUCGAUCUACAGUGAAAUGAACAUGUGGACAUUAACAAGUGGAGACUGGAAAGAUACUGCCAGUUUUGAAGUGUUAACAUUUCUCUAAUGGUCUGUGCGUUUUUCUUGAUUAAUGAUGUAAAUGAUAACAUUUGCUCCAGUACACAGGAUAUAAUGAAAGGGAGACCUGUACAUUAUGAUCUGUUUUUUGGGUUUUUUUUGUUUGUUUGUUUGUUUUUUUGCAUGUGUAGCGCUGGUCAUAUAGACCGAAAUCACGGGGGAAUACUGUUUUUUUUUAAGGGACCAAAUUCAACACAGACGGCUGAAAAUCGGGCUUUUUCUCUUGAGCACAUGUCGAGUGAAGCUUUGUUGGGUACAGCACUGUGCGCCGGGAAACAGGUGAUAUACAGUAUGUGGAAAAUGAAGGAACGGGAUAGUGUGUGCUCUCUUCAUUUUACUUUGGGAGAGCCAGAAGGGUCUGUAUGUGUGUGAGAGAGGGAGAGAGAGGGAUGGAGGCGAGCAGAAAGUUAAUGAAACGUCGAAACAAGUUUGAGACUAGAAGCCGUUGACACAUGGGAAGUUUUGAGGAAUUCAUGCUGCUGUAUGGACGAAGACACGCACGCGAUUCGGCAUCAGACGUUGUUACACGUCAGUGAACGUUUCACAGGGUUUUAAGCAUCAACCUGUAUGAACUUUAGUGUGAGCAGUUUUUAUUUCUAAAACUCUGAGGCCAGUCCACUAAGUUAACAGAAGGAGGCGAAAGAUAUUUCAAGUGCUGCUCUGCUUAAUACUCCUGAUUAGUUAGGCAGCAUUAUUGCCAGUUUGGUGACACCUUAUACUAUUAAAUGUAAUCUUUUAUCCUGUUAUUGUUCAUAGGGAUAACAACUCGAGGAAAUACUGUGCAGUGGUUACUUUAGUGUUUACUCUGUGGAAAAGUUGCAGAUUUUUCUUUUUAAAACAAACCAGAAGAACAUAUUUUGAAGUAACUGUACUUGGUGAUUAUGUCUUUGUGUGACAGGCUGUUUAGACAAAUGGGAGCUGACUUAUGGGAGACACCUAUGACACUUCCUGUCAGUUAUUUAGUGCGCUACACGCAAACAUGGUAUUAUUUGGUGUAUAUUUUUUAUGAAGACUGGAACCUUUACUCUGUGUAUGUGUGUGUGCACGUUUGUACAGUAUGUGUGUGUGUGUGUGUGUGUGUGUGUGUGCGCAAUAAAGCCAAGUGUGUAGUCCUACUUGUACACCUCCCCUGCCUCUGGAGCUGUAUCAGACGGUGAUGAUAGAGGUCAUCUUCCAACCAUCUGACAUCCUGUGUGUGUGUGUGUAAGAGACCGACUCUGUCGCACAGUUAACAUUGAGUAUGUUACUCCUAUUUAUUGUUUAGCAUGUGAUCAGGGCCAUGCUCCUGAAUGCCCUCAUGUAGUCUUCAUGUUAUUCCAUUGAACACCUAACA